GACAAUUAAAAAGCUCCACAGAUUUUAUGAAAUCUCAUAGAGGAUUAACAAAGUUUAUUACAAUUACUAUUGGAGCUAAUGAUAUUCACAGAUGCAACACUUCUUAUACUGAAUGUUUAAACCACUUAAUCAAUAAUUUAAACAAUAUUAUAAUUCCAAAAUUGAAGGACGCAGGAGGUGAGGACAUACAAUACGCGGCUUCUUUGUAUUAUUUUCAUGGGCAUUUAGAUAAUGGUUUAUCCGAUGGUUUAACCGAUGUUUAUAGUAAGAAUGGGUUUAAAGUAGUAGACCUCAGAACUAUUAUUACAAGCGAUACAAAAUGUAAUUACACUUAUUGUAAUUAUCAUAAUCCGCAUCCAAACAAAGUUGGUCAAUUUGUAAUUGGUGAACAUUUUCAUGAGAAGUUAACAGAGUUUGGCAUAACAAAUGAUGGAAAAUUCUGA